AGGAGGAGAACCAAGAGGAACGGAGGAGGAGGACAGACCAAAUGUGUGCAUUUGUAGUUGAAGAUUCCCAAGGAGUGAAAGUAACGCGCUGAAAGUUGUCUAACGUCUUUAAAGAAAUCUUCAUCGUCACCAAAGAAGCUUUCAAGAUCCAAAAGGACAACCCAAACAAACACCGAGCGCUGAGUGUUCCUUCCCUCUCGUCGACCGCAGAACCAGGACCAAUGGGGCGGCUGCUCUGCGCGUGGGCCCGUGCGUGCGCGCUGUGCGUGUGCCUGUGUCUGGCGUCCAUCUGCGCCGAGGGCUGCCUGAUGAUCAGCGAGGUCAACAGCGACAACCCCAAGUUCGACACGCACGAGUUCGUGGAGCUGUUCCACUCGAGCAGCGCGCGCACCCAGCUCAACGGCUACACGCUCGUCCUGUACAACGGCAACGGCAACCUGGCCUACCGCGUGGUGGACCUGACCGGACACUCCACCGACGACCGGGGCUUCUUCCUGAUCGGCUCGCGCGAGCUCAGCCCCCAGCCCGCCGUGGCGCUCCCGCCCAACAGCAUCCAGAACGGACCGGACGCCGUGGCCCUGUACGGGCCGGGCACGCCGCCGUUCCAGGAGGGGGAGUCGGUGCGGACCGAGGGCCUGGUGGACGCGCUGGUCUACGCCACGCGGCGCGGCGGGGACGUGGAGGGCCUGGCCGGCCACCUGACCCCCGGCUCGCCGCCGUUCCUGGAGGACCCGUCGCUCUUCGCGGAGGACGAGUCCAUCCAGCGCUGCUGGGAGACGGGGCACCACUGGGCCUUCCGCGUGGCGCCGCCCACCCCGGGGCGAGCCAACAACUGCACGCUGCCGGCGCCCGCCCUCGCCCGCAUCGAGGAGGUGCGGCUGGGCGGCCUGGCGACGAGCAGGCACGUGGAGUUUAGCGUCGCCACGGAGAUGGGCGCCAUGGCGCUGAUGGUGUUUGAUGGACAGACAGGAGCGGUCAGAAAGACGAUGGAUAUUGCGGGCUCCGGUCAGAGCUCUCUGAGGCUUCUGUCUGUUACCAUAGACACCAGUGGAACAGGCUCCACAAGCGGGGCGGUGGCCUUGUACGAGGGGAAGGUGGCCGACGUCCUGUCCCAGAGCCUCGUCGAGCCAAUCGACGCCUUUGUGUUCUCCGCCGAUCCUCAGCCCGUCAACGCCACGCUCCUGGAGACCCUGACGCCAGGACGCCAGCCCUUCACCCUCACCCACGGUUGGGACGAUGGCCUGUCAGUCAGUCGCUGUGGUGUUGCUGAUUGGUCCAGAGACUCCGGUACCUUCAUGGAGGCAAUGGCCACACCAUCAGAGCGCAAUCAUUGUCCUUGGCCAAAGAUCUGCCCUCAUGACAUUGUGAUUCCAGAUGGGACGCCGCUGCCCACCCUCCCGCCGUGGUUGGGGACGGACUUCCUGUUGAACGAGGUGAACUCUGAUUCGCCGGGCGUGGCGGAGAACACCGAGUUCGUCGAGAUCUGGCACCCCUCGGGCACGCGCACGUCCCUCGACGGGGUGUGGCUCCUGCUCAUCAACGGCCAAACCGGGCGGCCCUACAAGGAGAUCAGCCUGUCCGGCUUCUUCACUGACGCCAACGGCUACUUCCUGGUCGGCAGCGACGGGCUGGAGCCCAAGCCGGACAUCCCGCUCCCGGCCAACACCGUCCAGAACGGCCCCGAUGCCGUGGCCCUCUACCGCAGCCAGGAGCCGCCCUCCCAGCAGACCGGAACGCCCAGGCUCGGGCUGCUGGACGCUGUGGUGUACCGCGUCCGCGGCAGCGACAAGGACGGCUGGAUGCUGACUGAGGCGCUCACGCCCUACCAGCUGCCCCUGCUCGAGGAUCCGCAGGCGUUGCCUGGAGACGAGAGCAUCAGCCGCUGCCAAGGGAGGCCCAAUACGCUCUCAGCAUUCCGAGUGGGCCCACCCACUCCCAUGGCGAAGAACGUGUGUCCCCAUCCGCCCUCCCCCGAGGGCCUGGCAAUCAAUGAGGUGGGCGGAGCCUUGGGGCCCAACCACACCCAGGAGAGCAUGUUUGUGGAGCUGAUUGGACCUCCGCGGACCAGUCUGGACGGAUUGGUUCUGAUGGUGUUUGAGGGCGGGACCAGAGAGGCGAUCCCUCUCCAGGGUCGCAUCGGAACUGAUGGCCUUUACCUGCUCAACCACACCUCUGGGACAGAUGCUGUAGUCCUGUGCUAUGGUGUUGGGGUGUGUGAUGCUGACUCUGAGAUUUUGGACUCUGUGAUCUUCACUGAUGUGCCACUGCACCUGAAGAAUCUACCAGCCAGCACUGGACAUAUAAACCCUGCAAUCAGGGCAGUGGCUGAUGGGCGCAUCUCCUUGAGCCGGUGUUCCUGCUGCCAGCACAACUCCCCGUCCUCCUGGAUCACUUCCUCCCCGACCCCGGGCCUGCCCAAUCACUGCCCAAGCCCCACCUUCUCCAGCACCAUCCACCUAUGCCUGGAGCCCCAGGACCAAGCAGGAAGUAAUGUCACUAA